GGAACAAUUUCUGGUGGAAGGUGCUUUUGCAACCAUAUUUGGUGGAACGGAGCUGUGGUCCCCAAAGUGCAAUCCAGAUUGUGGUCUGCCUGCUGUGUUCGGAUUGGACUCGAGAGCCCUGUUUUCGGGCUUUUUUGGAAGGCCCCGUCCCCAUCUGUUUGCAUCUCAGGCCUUUCCUACAAAACGGAAACCAUACUCAGCUUGGAAAGCUUUGGGAAAGGCAUCCUAAUUACUUUUUAAUUGUGCGACAUCGCUGUCGUUGGCACAACACUUCCUACUGUCGCAGAAAAGAUCCUGCCCAGUAGCAUUUUCUCCCUCCGAUUGAAGGAUGGCAACCCAGCGAGCCUUGAAAGCCGUCUUGGUGGAUCUCAGUGGGACGCUUCACGUGGAAGACACGGCCGUUCCGGGGGCCCAGGAAGCUCUUAAAAAGUUGCGCAGCGCUCCUGUUGCCAUCCGCUUUGUGACCAACACUACUAAGGAGUGCAAGCAGGAUUUGCUGCAGAGACUGAAGAAGCUUGAAUUUGACAUUCAGGAAGAUGAGAUCUUCACCUCUCUGACUGCAGCCAAAAACCUUAUAGAGCAGAAGCAGGUCAGGCCACUCUUGCUGGUGGAGGACAACGCACUGCGAGACUUCGAAGGGAUAGAUACAAACAACCCCAACGCUGUGGUGAUUGGACUGGCUCCUGACCACUUUAAUUACCAAACGAUGAACAAGGCCUUCCGGCUGAUUCUUGACGGGGCUCCUCUGAUAGCCAUACACAAAGCGAGGUAUUACAAGAGGAAAGACGGGCUGGCCCUGGGUCCUGGGCCAUUCGUGAUGGGGCUGGAAUAUGCCACAGAUGUGAAGGCAACAGUGGUGGGGAAGCCUGAGCGGACGUUUUUCCUGGAGGCCUUGCGGGGGAUGAACUGCGUACCGGAGGAAGCGGUCAUGAUUGGCGAUGACUGCAGGGACGAUGUUGGAGGGGCCCAGAAGGCCGGCAUGCUGGGAAUUUUGGUCAAGACUGGUAAAUACCGAGAAGCCGACGAAGCAAGAAUUAGACCACCUCCAUACCUAACCUGCGAAAGUUUUCCCCAGGCUGUAGACCACAUUCUCCAGCAUCUGCUAUAGAGAAGCCACAGAGGACUUGAACCUCAACUUUCAGUGCUAAAAAUGAAAAUAUUCAAACUAGCAUGUCAGAAAGGAGAGUGGCAAUGUAACCAUCCCUUCCAGCAUGCUAGAUUUUUUUGAGCAGAGAAGGAAAAUGGCCUGAUUAGAAGGGUUCACAUACAGUUCUAUUCCAUACCUCCAUUUGUAAUCUAGAAUAACAAAGCGCAUACCUGGUAGUAUUAAACCACAUAUCUUGCAGAUGUACCAUAUUUUAUGACAUAAUAGUCGCACUUUUAUCCCCUUUAAUCAAAAAAGGAGAUGCGACUAUUACAUGAUGAAAAAAAAUCUGCCUGCCUCCAAGACAGGAGGAGGAGGCGGGAUCCAACCUCAAGCAAACAGCUCAGUUUCUUAUUAUUUUUUCAAACUGUCUUGGCUCAGAGAAAGGAAGGGGGAAUUAGCCUCAAACGGCUCUGCGACUAUUAUGUGGGGAACACAAAAAUGCCAAUUUUGCCAUCCCAAAAAUGGGGUUGCAACUAUUAUGUGGUGGUGACCAUUACACUAUGGUAUUUUUUACUGUGAUACUGUAAAGGAAUGGGUGUCCUGCCAUCUCUCAUUGGGUUGCAGCUUCCAAAUCACAAGAUAGAAUAAUCUCUGAGAUCAGAACUGUUUUAUCCGCAUUUGAACUGUUACGCUUCUGUGUUUUUUUCCACUGAUGGUACGUGACAACUGUCCUAAAUGGAUUCCUUUAAGGAAAAAAAGGAGGCACUUCAUAAGUAACUACAGUUAUGUCCCUUAUGUCUUUGAAACUGAUAUGUGUAGUUUCACUUACUCAGUUUGAACCUCUUUCUCAGUACGUCUGUUAUUCGUCCCAUUGAAAAUAAUAGGGUUCACUAUUAUCUGUGGUUUUGUGUAUCCAUGCAAAGUCCGGGAACACAUCCCUUAUGGAAAUGAGGGUCAUAUUGUAUUUUGAAAGGACUAUUCUGUUUAUGCCUAGGAAUGCAAUAAAAAGCUACCAAAACAAA